AUGGUAGCUGAAGCUGAGACCCCAGAGUCGCCUCACCCACCCAUUGAAUCUCUUCCUCCUGAAAUUCUUUCCGAAAUAUUUCUCCUCGCAAUUGAAAGGCCUUAUAGGAUUUUUGGGCAUCUAUAUCGAGGACCACGGCUAUUGGUAAGGGUCUGUCGACUAUGGCGUGACAUCGCACAGAACUGCCCCGCUCUGUGGUCAUCCUUUAUGGUGUAUUGGCCAGAAAAUAGGCAAGAAGAUGUCGGGGCAAAACUGCUCCUGGACACGCUUCAGCGAACUGGACGACGCGGACUGACCAUGACGAUAUUUUUAUCCGAUGAUUUUCCCUCUUCCAUAUUCAAGGCUCUGGUCCAGCAUUCGUCUCAGUGGGAAGAUAUUCAUCUACCCACCCUUCCUAGGAUCCAAUCAGCGCCACAAAAUCUGCCUCCGCUCCAUUUGCCAUCGUUAAAAUCACUUGUCUUGGGUCGGCAACGUUCCGUAGAAGACCUCAUCACCAAGCUGAGCAUGUUCAAAAAUGCGCCAAACCUCAGAUCUAUUGAAUUCCACUUCCAUAAUACACCAUCAUCUGAUUUCGACUCAAGUGUAAUACAAGCAUCGUGGUGGCAGCUUACGCGUUUAUCCAUGUCGCUUGGGUUGACCGGGGAUUCUUCGAUAGAGGCGAGCAUUGAGGUUCUUCGGCUCUGCCCAAACCUCGAGACGUUGAGGGAAGAGACUAUACUCAACCCAGAUUCCGGAAACACCACUGCGACGCUCCGGAAACUCCGUUCGUUCAGCGUCAAGUCUCCUCAGUUGCUAAAUUACCUCGACUGUCCGGUGCUGGAACACCUGUCAAUCCUUCCACGAUACGAUAUACCACUUUCUGUACCUACCCUUUCACAACUCGCUCGUUCUGGGUGCCGUCUGCGCUCUCUUCACAUUUGGCUAAUGUGUCAACUGGAGCACCCAAAGGACCUUUUCUCGUGCAUGCCACACCUGUGCAAAUUGCAUCUCGACAUGGAAUAUUACGGCACGGAUACGCUUAAACUCCUGGAGUGUCUUGCCUUGGACGACAUGAACUCCACGCUCUCCAACUUGAACGUUUUGGAGUUGAAGGUACAGGAGCUUUUUACAGGGGAAGCCUUAUCCGAAGAAAUAGGGGAGCUAUUGGUUAGGAUUAUCGAUGAACGUCGGAUUAUCCCCCGAGGAUCACAGGUUGCCCAAUUGUGUCAAGUCAGUACCAGGUGCUGUAAAGCUGGUAUUGAAGGGGUUGCUGGAAAAGAGGAGCUAGGAGACCAGACUUCCCGAAACCUUAGAGCUCUGUCCAACAUCGAUCGUCUGAAAGCGUUCAAGGCCGAGGGAUUGGAUCUAUCUAUCAUUAUUGAACAAGAGGAUACAAAUGGACGGCGCGAGGAUUGCAUUUUUCUAUGA